AUGAUGCACAAAUAUUGCUUUCAAGCUGUUGAUAGAACUUUUAGAGAUAUUCUUAAAUCCUCCAAUCCUAAUAGUAAGGAUAUUCCAUUUGGAGGUAAAGUAGUUGUUUUUGGUGGUGAUUUUAGACAAAUCCUUCCUGUUAUACCGAAGGGAACAAGAGAAGAUAUUGUGCAUGCCAGCAUUAAUUCAUCUUAUCUAUGGGAUUUUUGUCAAGUAAUGACAUUAACCAAGAACAUGAGGCUUCAAAAUGGAUCUUCAGGAUCUGAUGUAAAUCAAAUGAAGCAAUUUUCUGAUUGGUUGUUGAGUAUUGGAGAAGGAAAAAUUGGUGAGGAUAGUGAUGGAUACUUAAACAUUGAAAUUCCAGAUGAUAUGAUAAUUAAAAAUUCAGGAGAACCCAUUGCUUAUAUAGUUGGUGAUACUUAUCCAUCUUUCUCUGAGAAUUUUCAUGAUCCAUCAUAUUUUCAAGAUAGGGCUAUUUUGACACCAAAAAAUGAAAUUGUUGAACUCAUAAAUGAUUACAUGUUAUCUUUGAUUCCUGGUGAAGUUAAAACAUAUUUGAGUUUUGAUAUACCAUGUGAACAAAGUGAAACUCUUGAUGGUCCAUAUAAUAUCCUUACUCCGGAAUUAUUGAAUACCAUCAAAGCUUCAGGUCUACCAAAUCAUGAAUUGAAAUUAAAAGUUGGUGUGCCUGUUAUGUUGCUCAGAAAUAUUGACCAAUCAUCAGGAUUAUGUAAUGGUACGCGUCUCAUUAUUACUCAAUUGGGAAAUUUUAUGCUUGAGGCGAAGGUCAUUUCUGGAAAUAAUAUUGGCCAAAAAGUGUUUAUUCUGAGGUUGUCUUUGACUCCUUCUGACAUGAGAAUUCCAUUUAGAUUUCAGCGCAGACAAUUUCCUAUAUUUGUUUUUUUUGCAAUGAUAAUAAAUAAGAGUCAAGGUCAAUCUCUUAAACAUGUUGGGAUCUACCUUCCACAAUUUGUUUUUACCCACGGUCAGUUAUAUGUUGCAGUUUCUAGAGUUACUUCACGAGCUGGUUUAAAACUUCUUAUCACUGACGAUGAUGGUGAUGCCACUAAUAAGACUUCAAACGUUGUUUACAAGGAGGUCUUCUAA